CUCAGUUACACAGUUACAAAGGAAGUAACCUGUACCGACCGAGAAAAUACUCCAAGCUAUGGCGGAUAAGAAGUAAUCUUAAGUUCGACCGGCUCAAAGAAAAUGAGAGCGAUGCUACACACCAUUGGCGUUGACGUCAAACCUUGGUUAAGGGUUCGCAUGUAAUUCCCGCGAUUCCUGCAACGUCAGACAGGGUGGAGUCAGAUUGGCAUCACUGGCGUGUCAGUGCUCUGCUCAAAACACAAAUGGCUUCGUACAAAGACAUCCUUAAGGAGAAAGAUAACCAGAACUGGCUCAAAGGAUCCCUCGCCCUCAGGAUAACCAAGGCCGGCCUACGAGGCCUUGUUGAAGGGGACUCCCGUCGCAUUCAGCAAAAUAUUUACUCUUCAGUCCUCCAGGCCAGGCUCCUCGCUGCUGGAACAACAUGCAGCCUUUGUCUGACAGAACAUGUCUUGCCUUGUCCAACAAAAGGACUCUGCUCACAUCCGCGAAACUGCAAGUACCACAUAUCUCCAAUUAAGAUACACCGACCUUGUCCCUCACAGAUUUGCGAUGACUUUCGGGAUGAAAUAUGCGCUGUCCACAGAUAUAGUGGACCGUCCUGGAAGAAUACCAAAGCCAACCAAUGGUGUACGAACCAUUGGCAAGUAGCCAAAUGCUUUAUGCCACCUGACGGCUAUGACGACGUGACGUCGUACGACGAGACAGACUUCAAUGGUAUCAUUAGCGUUAUGAUCAACUGUACGGAGUUCGAACGGCGUAUGUCGUUUUCUAUUGGCAACCAACCCAACGCCUUGACUGAGGCACGUAAGAUAGGCCGCAAUAUUCGCCAUUCCCCGGAUCUGAAGUUGACAGACACAGACCUAGCUGACUACUUCGCCACUCUGAAUACGCUUCUGACAGACUCUACAUUUCUGGCCAGUGACAUGGAUGCCCAGCAAGCUGUUCUUAAACUGCAACAGCUUGAAAAAGGCACCCUUCCAAUAACGAUUGAAGAAGUACGUGAACUACUAGAAGAAGCUAGAGCGACGGUAGAAACUCGCAUAGAAUCUGGCAAACGUCAGUUAGCGGAGAGUGCGGAAACAGGAAAGAAAGAUAUAGAAGGCGUUGUGUUGCAGGGGAAGUGUCAAUUAGAAGAUGCAACAAAAACAGGACAUAGCGAGCUGGAAGGCGUUGUGCUGCAGGGUAAGACUGCCAUAGAAUCGGGAACACGUCAGUUCGUGGAGACUGCGGAAACAGGAAAGAAAGAUAUAAAAGGCGUUGUGUCACAGGGGAAGCUUCAAUUCGAAGAUGCAAUGAAAAUAGCGAAAAGCAAUCUAGAAGGCGUUGUGACGCAGGAGAAGCUUCAUUUAGAAGAUGCAAUGACAACUGCUAGGGUAGUCACGGAGAGAGGGAAACUCGAGAUUGAAGACGCAGUGGCAAAGAAUAGAGACACUAUUGACAUUUACUCGAUCUAUCUAGGUCAACGGCUAGUCAAGUAUUACCAGAAGCAGCUCAACAGCGCGCCCAUAUCGCCCCUGCUGUCGGACAAGGACGAGAGACUGGACAAGUUUUACGUUCCACCGAAGAUCGAGGAGAAAGACCACAGAAGACUUGGAGACGAUCAACAACACAACGGUUCCCCUAUUUCCUCUUACAAACAGAUUUUCUGUAAUGAAAAGGGUUUGGCCAACACCGUUUUCGUAGUUGGUGAGGCGGGUAUGGGGAAAUCCUCAUUUUCCGCUAUGUGCACCAUAAAGUGGGCAGCACAGUUCUCCGUGUCGUGUAGAGACGCUGGAGGAAUGGGUUUAGAUCAAGAUAGAGAAGAGAAGACUUCUCUUAAACGGCCGCUAUUGAACAAAAAAGGUUUAAAUCAGAGAAUAGUGAUGAACUGGUUUAAUCCCAACUCUUUGGAAAGAAGAAAAUAUAAAGUUCGAAGAGAAUUUCAAGAAUUAUUCCAUUCAUUGUCUGAUGAUGAUCGAUCGUUUGUAAGAUCUCAUGAGGAGGAAUUUUGUGAAUUAUUGUCAAAACCCAAGUAUGAUCUUUUUCAAGAUGAGGACACUCUUAGAGACAUCGAGUUUAUGUUUCACAUUAAAUUGCGGGACUGCUGUGAAUCCUGUGAACUGUCCGACAUGAUUCAAGAUCAGCUGAUCAACAUUAUUUAUCGUCCAGAUGAGAUGGCCGCUGGCUACUCCACUAUGAUAAGUGUGUUGUCAAACCGAAAGUGCGUCGUCAUAGCAGAUGGGCUGGAUGAAUGGUCGCAUCCUACUGAAACAAAGUGUUCAUGUUCGUUAGAAGACAAAGUUAUCCCGCAUUUAUCGCAAACGUUAGAUGCAACUGUGUUGAUUACAUCGAGACCCUGGCGAUUGUCCCAAAACCGCGUUAAAGACACCAAAAUAGGCAAAUACCUAGAAAUAAAGGGAGUAGCUAGCACACUGCUAUUGGUUCAGAAAACGCUGCUUUGCCUAAAUGAAAAAGUAGCAGAAGAGAAAAUAUGUCAUGAUUUUAUCCGAUUUGUUGCCAGAAGAAGACUGGUGCGUCUACUCUCAGUUCCUAUCAUUGUAUUGUUGCUAGUUUGUCUGUGGUUCGAGGGAGUACAUGAAUCAUUUUCUUUUUGUGACAUAUACGCAUACAUGAUGGACAUGAUGUUUGGGAGAAAAUCGCUUCCUGUGCUUAGUGUUUCGCCCGAAUGCACACCGUUGCUAAAAUGUUUUAAGCAAACUAAACAUGUACAAAACUACUACAAUAUUAUAUUGAAGCUGGCACAGCUUGCGUUCGAGAAAUUGUUUUCGAGGGAUCGAAAGUCAUCCCUUGUGUUUCAAAAUGUUGACUGUUUGACACAAGAGGAGCUCCUGUUCGUUCUGAAAUCGGGUAUCAUGCGAGAAACAAAGUCGCAGUCUUUAAUUAGAAAAUCAUCGAGAUUCUCUUUUAUCCACAAAACUGUACAGGAAUUCCUUGCUGCAGUGCACAGUUAUCAUGCAGCAGUUCAUGAAGAUGUUCAGGAGUUUUUACCUAUCGUUUACCCAUUACAGGACAGUUCAAUGGCUGAUGUAUCGCAUGUGUUUUUGUUCAUGUGCGGUAUAAACAGAGAAGUUGCACAAUAUAUGUCUGCAAUGAUGUCAAAUGCUGUAAGUGCAAAAUGUGUCACAUGGAUGUACGACGAUUGGGGUAAGACAGUACAACGCACACUUUGUGCUGGUUAUAGAGAGGCAUUGGCCAACAAUGUACAGAAUAUUCAACUGGAACUAAUGUGCCUUUAUAUUGAUCCUUGGACUAGUGAUUUGUCAACCUUAAAGACCUUGAUAUCGAUGAACAAGUCUCAGCUACAUCAUAUAGCUAUCUGGGGACAUGAGGAUGAGUUCAGCGAGGAGGAGCUCCAGGCGUUGUUUAUCAGCUCAAAGAACACUCUCACCCGUGUGGAAAUGGAGCUCCGUGCUGGACAGUAUGACCUUUCUGCGUGCUGUCGUCUACAAUAUUUGACAAUAUCCGGGCCCUUUACAUCCAAUAUCACGAUUAAUACGAAUAGUUUAGUUGAGUUGGAGUUAUAUUCUGUUUCGGAAAAGGUUGAAAGAAGUAUUGUACAGUCAUUAGAACACAAAUGUGAGCAAUUAAUGAAGUUCACCAUUGAGGAUAUUAAGAACAUAAGCUUAUUUUGUACGACACUUCCACAGCUGAAUCAUUUGAAACAAAUAAGGAUCAGUCAUACAACCCUCGGUGAUCACCCACUACUCCUCCCACCCUCUGUCACCAAUGUUAACUUGUACCAUGUGACAAUGUCCGCGCGGUGCUUGAGGGAGCUGCUGGAGAGGGUGGAGAACUUCCCUCACACUGUGAAUUGCCAUUUUCAGUGGUUCACUGUGGAACCGAUCAAGGAUUAUGAAGACAUCAAACGGAACACUCAAUCGAGUAAAAACAUUACGUUUUGUUGAUGCUGAAUUAUUUGUAUUUGGUAAUAGACAUUGAUUCUAAAGAAAUGGGAUACUUGUUUAGUCAAGUGAGAUAACAGUUUCAUGCCGCAUCCACAAGUGAAAAUGUGAUCAUUGUAUAGUAUGCUUAACAUUUUGUGUUAGUUGGUAUUUUACGGCAUAAGUGCACUGAAGUCCUGAUGACUUCAAACCAUAACGGAAAUGACGUCAUUGACAAGCUUUGUGCGCCCGUUGGUUGGACUAACCCUGCAGUACGGUCAAAGGAAUCCAUUGUAUAAUACUGUGUGACGCUGUUAAACUAUGAAUAAUUUCAUAAAGAAUGAAAUAUUCAACCUGAUAAGUAAAGUAUUCUGUGCUUCACAUAAUGUAAAUUAAAAGACCGUUUUAAGGUUUUUUCCUCCCUAUAUUUUAAAGACGCACAAUGUAGGUUGAUGCAAUUUAUUGUUAACUUUAAUGCAUUGAAGUGUUAAACUGAUUUGAUUUAAUGAUCAAAACAAUAAAAAAAGCUUUAUGUUUUAGUUAUAGCUAAAAUAUUAGCAACAUGUUGGCGCUUUCGUAUGUGGGAAUUUGUGGCCACGU